CGGGGUACCUUCAUCCUUCUGAUUGGUCUCCCGAGAGCAUUCUGGGAGAUGCAAUCGCUUUCCUCAGCUCUGGGCUGCCCCGUUGCAUGCUGGGGAUUGUAGUCUCUACCUCAGGAGAGCCAAGUACAGUACGUUACACUGUACAGAGAGAGAAAAGCGGUUGAGUGACAGAAAACGUCUCCAUGGUUCCAGUUUUAGGACCGAGGAAAGCUUCGCUUGUGUGACUGACGAGCGGAAGGAAGGAAAAAGACGUUUUAAGUUCAAAGCUCCGCUCAAUCUGCCAUAUGAAAAUUUGAACAGUGAGCUAAGAGUUCAGGCCUGUCAUAAACUGCUCGCUUCCAGCUCCGAGACCCAUGUUCAGUGUGGACCAUCUUACAGUGAUAUGACAGGGCUGCCAUAAACCACAAAGAUAAUAUCUGUAGUAUUGGACCGCACUGCAGGGUUGUCAUAAACCCUACUAGGCUCCCAGUGCCCCAUUUCUCCUGAGCCAUGGACACCAACGCCCUCAACUCUCUGCAAUUUAUUUAUGACAGGAAGUGUUAGCAGGUGCCCCACUUCCCGAAAUGGCAAGAGGUUUCAGGGGUGCUGCUUUCCUGGAAGGAGAGAUCACUGGAUGCUUAUGUCUUCCUCCAGGUGUCCUCACCAACUGAGGGAAGGGUCUGACUCUGAUCACAACCGAGAAGAACUAAUAUAUUGCCCAUCAAGGAUCAUAAAAGUUGUAAAAAGUGCUUUGUUCUUCCCUUCGAUUCCGUCAAGCAGCGCUGUAAGAAGGCCAGCCCAGAUGUGGUCACAUCCCACAUACUCCCAGGCAUCGAAAUGGAUGAAGAUGUACCGGGUACCUUUGAGUUCUUCAGAACCGGAAGCAGGGAAGAAUUUGAAAACAUUCCUGUUUACCCAGGCAUUUGGUGACUGAAGAAUACUGUUCCUGGCAACCUUGAGAUUAUUGGAAGGAAGCAGGUCUUUAUCAUUCAGCACCAACUCUGCUACCUCCUAAGUGCCGCAACAGCACAUCCAGUUGGCCCAGCCUUUUUUGCCUUGGGAAGUCAUGCUCAGGCGACAAUUCCUGUUGUUUGUUUGGCCAAUAGCACUGUCUGAUUAGGGCCAAUGAGGUGACAGCUGAGGAAGAAGCAACAAAGCAGCUGCCACACUCCAGGAUCUUCAACUCUGGCUGCUAAGGAGACAAGAGCUGCUUGGAGGGCAAGGCUGCUCGUCCCGACAGCCAGCGCCUUCCUCCAAGCGGGAGUCCCCUUCAGAAGCUUCUCAGGACCCCAGAAGUGGGGAAGGAAAACCAACAUUUAUUUUAAAAAAACCAAACCCUCCCAAACAACCAAAAGGGAUUUUCCAUCUGAAACUGGCAUUCGUGUCUCCCUUACUCCACCCUUGCCUGCACCGCUGUGUGCUGGCUUACAGCCUCUCUCCACCGCAUUUAGGAGAAGAAAGUGACGUCUUCUCUUCGAAAGGCAGAAGAAACACAGCGAUUCACACAUAGGAGUAUUUAUUUCUGAUCUGGAGGCCUUAUAUCCAGCGGCAAAGUGCAUGCGGUGCUUUUACACCUAAAGCUCGGGUGAUCGGCAAGUUUACAGCUGGAAGAAUAUCCCCCAGAAGAUCUCUUGACUGAGGUGCUUUUGCUUGGGAUUUCCUCAAAGUUCUGGACCAGCCCACCAAAGUCUGAUAUAGAAGAACUACAGACGCCACCCAUAGAAUCUCGGUUUCAUCUCAGCUCCCUGGAAGAUUAGAGACCCAUUAGCUCACUGGAUUCUCUUUGGGUGCUGGAUUCCAACAGCCUUUUGGUCAGGUUUGGGGCCCUUGCCUACUUCUGUCAAUCCUGAUCUCGUUCUUGAAAAGUCUGCAGGCUGUCUGUCAAGACUUCAACCUCCAACGAAAGUCCCCUCCUCUUCCACCGCACCUCCAGCUUCUUCGAUUUACAGUCUACUUCCGAGGGACCGGGCUCUGCGCCAUUCUCACCGGGCUGCCAAGAUGUUCAGCUGGAUGAAGAAGAACGAGAAGAAGAACCCCGAAGUGAUCCGUACGGUCACCGAGGGCCUGAAGGACCUCUACAAGAGGAAGCUGCUGCCGGUGGAAGAGUACUACCGCUUCCACGACUUCCAUUCCCCGUCCCUGGAAGAUGCCGACUUUGACAAUAAGCCCAUGGUCCUGGUGGUGGGACAGUACUCUACCGGCAAGACCACCUUCAUCAAAUACCUGCUGGAGCAGGACAUCCCCGGGAGCCGCAUUGGGCCAGAGCCCACCACCGACUCUUUCAUUGCCGUCAUGCACGGCGAAACGGAGGGCAUCAUUCCGGGCAACGCUCUCAUCGUGGACCCCAAAAAGCCCUUCCGGAAACUCAACCCUUUUGGGAACACCUUUCUCAACCGGUUCAUGUGUGCCCACUUGCCAAACCAGGUUCUGGAGAGCAUCAGCCUUAUCGACACGCCAGGGAUCCUUUCUGGUGCCAAGCAGCGCGUGAGCCGAGGCUACGACUUCCCGGCGGUGUUGCAGUGGUUUGCCGAGCGCGUGGACCUCAUCAUCCUCCUCUUUGACGCCCACAAGCUGGAGAUCUCAGACGAGUUCUCGGAGGCCAUCCGGGCCCUCAAGGGCAACGAGGACAAGAUCCGGGUGGUCCUGAACAAGGCCGACAUGGUGGAGACGCAGCAGCUGAUGCGGGUCUACGGCGCCCUCAUGUGGUCGCUGGGCAAAGUGUUCAACACGCCCGAGGUGCUGCGUGUCUACAUUGGGUCCUUCUGGUCGGAGCCCCUGAUGAUCUCCGAUAACAGACGGUUAUUUGAGCUCGAGGAGCAGGACUUGUUCACGGACAUCCAGAACCUGCCCCGGAAUUCUGCCCUGAGGAAGCUUAACGAUUUGGUCAAGAGAGCCCGUCUGGUCAGGGUGCAUGCUCACAUCAUCAGCCACCUGAAGAGAGAGAUGCCGUCCGUUUUUGGCAAGGACAACAAGAAGAAAGCGCUGAUUGCCAAGCUGCCCGUCAUCUUCGCCAAGAUCCAACUUGAGCAUCACAUCUCGCCGGGCGAUUUCCCCGACUGCAACAAGAUGCAGGAGAUGCUCAUGGUGCACGACUUCACCAAAUUCCACGGGCUGAAGCCGCGCAUGGUGGAUGCUUUGGACGAACUGCUGACGCUGGACAUUGCCAAGCUGAUGCCCCUCCUGCGCCAGGAGGAGGUGGAGGUCCCCGAGCAGAUUGUGCACGGCGGUGCCUUCGAAGGCACCCGCAACGGCCCCUUCAUCGAAGGAGCGACCGAGGGGGCCUACGAGGGCAUGGACGACGACGAGUGGGUGGUGACCAAGGACAAGCCCAAAUACGACGAGAUCUUCUACAACCUGUCCCCUAUGGAUGGCAAGCUGAGCGGCACCAAAGCCAAGAACUGGAUGGUCACCACCAAGCUGCCCAACUCCGUCCUCGGCAAGAUCUGGAAGCUCAGCGACGUCGACCGCGACGGCAUGCUGGACGACGAGGAGUUUGCUCUUGCCAGCCACCUCAUUGAGGUCAAGCUGGAGGGCCACGGCCUGCCCUCCGACCUGCCCCGCCACCUGGUGCCGCCCUCCAAGCGUCGGCAGAAGGGGUCGGCGGAGUAAGGAAUCUCCCCAAGCUAGCCUCCAUUCCUACGCCAAGGCUUGAACUGCUCCAGUAGGCCCUGGUUUGGCUCCAACUUUUCAUUUUCCACCCCUAUCUGGCUCCAAGCCCUCGUGAAGGCCUCAUUCCCGCACAGCAUGGCAGAUCCUGCUUCCUGCUCCCUCCUUCAAGCCAGUCACCACUUCUGCCUUCUUCUUCGUCCCUACUGGACUCAAAAGAAAACUAGAAAAGUUCCAGUCUGCUCCAGCAGGCUUCAGUUCCUCACAUAGGCCUUAGUCCUCCAAGCAUCGUUUCAACUACUUCAGUUGGUCUCAUGGUCCAGGUUUCCACUUCCUUCUCCCAGGCCUUGUUAGGCCAGUGGCCGUUGACCUUCACUCACGCCAGACUUUCCCAGGAUGUCUUCCUUUCUCAAAAAAAGGGCUUCCUGCAGCAAUGCGGCAAUAGUUAUCUCACACUUGAGCUACCUGCUUUCUCGGCACCAGCCUCGGACUGUUCUCUUGCCGCUCGCAAAUGAAGAGAACCUUGACCUUUUUUCACUGGCCUUGUUGCCAGCUCAGACUCCAAUGUGUGCCCUUCUCAUUCCUCUGGCUCCAUUAGAAACCUUCUCUACGUUGAACUUCCCUAGCUGGACACCUCAAGGCUGCUCGGGGACAUUAUUCCGGCAGGGCCUUAUGGACAGCGACGGUCGAAGGUUUCCUUGGUGGCGUUGCUGCCGCCAUUACUCCUUGCCGGACUCCAUCAGUCAGGCUGGGGGGGUGACGUGAGGCAGGGGUGAAGGAAGACCGGCAAGGAAAAGGACAGAAACAUCAGUCCACACUCAGGUCCACCUGCAAACCUGACCAGGAAGCCUUUAAAGACAUCAGGGAGAGAGUAUUCAUUGACCCUGCCAUCAGUAAGCUUGGUUCAACUACAGUGUCCACUUUUUUGAGCAAGGUUCACAGAAUGAAUGCUCACCUAGCAAGCUUUACAUGCCCAGAGUACAGGACCCUCUAGGGAAGGGCUAUAGCUCAGUGGUAAGGAACCUGCUUUGCAUGCAGAAGGUCCUCGGCAUUUCCAGGUGAGGCUAAAGAAAUGGAUGGGGCUUGUCAUUUCACAGAUAGUGUUGGUGGUAGAAGAGAGCUUUGCCUGGGUUUCUUUUCCAUCCUCGCAAGUGAAAAUUAUGCCUUGGGUGUUUUGUUGGCUUGGGAAGGCAAAGUAGAAACCAUGGGCUAGAUAGAUAAACCAAGUUAAAAGAACUCCCUUAUUUCCCAUUGGAGGGGUGCCCUUCACAGCGAGAACCUGCCCGGAAUGUGCAAAAUCCUCAGGGAAAACAAGGAGAGUUGGGCCAGCAGGAGACCAGCAGAUGUUGGAAGUGCCUCCUGGCACCAUGCCCCCCGGGCGGCAGAGAAUGCUUGAGGUGGCGGCCUUUCAAAUCCAGCCUUUGAGAUGGCCCUCUUUGCAGACCAGGGAGGCAAAAGCGUCUUCCACCUGGAGACGGGAUUAAGAGCGCUCGCCUCAAUGCAACAGGCAUUUUCCCCAACCACGCCACCUUCUGGGAAGACGUUGGCAGAAGCAAGAGCUUCUUAGGAGCCCCUUCCCAAGUGUUAUGGGGUAUUAUGGGGUGGAAGCUCCUACACAGGAACAAAAGAGGCAGCGAAGGCCACCAACCUGGGUGGCUUUAAAAGAAGAGUAGACAAAUUCAUGGAUGAUAACACCGUCCAUCCCCACCAGCCAUUAUGGCUGUUGCCACCUCCCAAAUCAGCAUCCGGUUGGCCACUGUGAACCCAAGAUGGCCCACUGACCUGAUCCAGCAGGAGUCUUCUGAUCCUCUUAGCAAGCUCUGCUUUAGCCCACAUUUGCUGGGUUCAAGCCAGAGCCGGCCCUACCAGUAGGCAAGAGGCGGAAACCUGGCCUUCACGUUCACAGGCCAGAUUUCGGGUGGGUACCACUGAAAGGCGUUGUCAUUUGCUCUGUUUGUCGUUAAACAUUUUGUCAUCCCUGAGGGAGGCUGCCGCUCUGUUUUCUCUGUCUCAGAAAACCAAAUCCCUUGGAGCCUUCUCUGGGCUCAAGUAGGGUCGCUCCCUACAGAGGCCUGCGACACGGUGAGGAAGCUGCUGCCAUCCCAUCCCAGCCCUCUGCUGGCUUUUGAGAAACCACCCCCCAAUUGCUCUGGCUGCCUGUUUGUGCUGACUACUGAAAUAGCCUCCAUUCCUAGGCCUGAAUACUGCUGGAGGCCACACCCCAAGCCUCCUGGGAUUUAGCUUCCUCCAAACAUCAUGCUUUUUCUACUGGCCAAAGGCCAGGUAGGGGCCUGGGUUGACCUCACAGCCAAGAAGAUCUCCAUCCAUUUGCAAGGGUGAGGUGGUUGAGAAAGUUGAACGAGGGCUGAUGUCCAGAUGGGCAGUGUAUGGCUUGAGGCUUACAUUGGACUAAGGCAGCCGAAAUUAGGAAUCGGGGAGCAAUCUGCUUCAGCUUGCACUUAAAGAUGAAUUUACCUACCUAAUCCACAUGCCCCAAAACAAUAUGCAAACCGAAAACGCAGCCACCCUUUGAAAUUUGCACUUUUCUGUUCUAUAGCCAAAUAAAAAGAUGAAUGUGUUAGCAGAGAGGCUGCAUAGAAAUGCAUAUAUUGCUGAAAUUAACACACAAGACUUAUUUAUAUCAGGGGAAGUUGCUUGCAAAACAACUGCGCUGGCUUGGCCUGGUGGGAGUUGUCGUCCAAAACAUCCAGAGGGCACCAGGUUGGCGAUGGCUGCAGUUAUGCAAUUAACAUAGCACGGGGUUUUUGUGUUGCGAUUUUGAGAGGGCUGUCUGAGUUACCCAUCUGUCGCACCAAAAGCAAAGGCAGAAUAUUGCAUCACACUUUAAGACCAACUAAUGUUGUUAUGGCAUAAGCCUUUCUGGAAUCAUGAAUUUGUGAGUCUCUAAGGGACGCGGGUGGCGCUGUGGGUUAAACCACAGAGCCUAGGACUUGCUGAUCAGAAGGUCAGCGGUUCGAAUGACGGGGUGAGCUCCUGUUGCUCGGUCCCUGCUCCUGCCAACCUAGCAGUUUGAAAGCACAUCAAAGUGCAAGUAGAUAAAUAGGUACUGCUCCAGCGGGAAGGUAAACAGCAUUUCUGUGCGCUGCUCUGGUUCACCAGAAGCGGCUUAGUCAUGUUGGCCACAUGACCCGGAAGCUGUACACCAGCUCCCUCAGCCAGUAAACCGAGAUGAGCGCCGCAACCCCAGAGUCGGUCACGACUGGACCUGAUGGUCAGGGGUCCCUUUACCUUUAAGGUGCCACAAGGCUCUUGUGUAAAUUCCAUCCAUUGGGAAGCCUGAGCAGCCCCACCCACCCCAGCCGCAGCCUUUUAUCGUGCUCCGCUCCAGCCCCCUUCCCCACCGCCACCAGCAGCUUUUUAUGUAACGAAAACCAUGCGCAUUAAUUGCUUUCAUGCAAUAAAAUUUUCUGUCUUGCUUGGUCCUCAA